AUGACAAUCAGAGUAAAAAUAAUAUCACCUGAAUUUUCAAACGUAAAUGUAUAUCAUUACUUUUCUGCAUUGCGCCAUUGCUAUUGCCUGAAAAAUUUAUUGGGCAAUAACUUUUUAACUAUUGGGCAAUUGCCCAAUGGCCACCCCCUUGGCUACGCCACUGCAUCUGUUCGUCAGGAACGUUGGUAUUUUGGUGGUCUAGCUGGUGUACUUGCUGCAUGCUGUACUCAUCCGCUUGAUACACUAAAAGUACAACUACAAACUCAACAGCAAGCAGAAUAUGACCUUAUUUCUAUGGCAGCUAAGGUUACACGUGACGAUGGAAUUUUAGCACUCUCCAAUGGUUUAUCAGCAUCAUGUCUUCGUCAAGCAACAUAUACAACAACACGUUUUGCUAUUUAUGGUGGUGUUCGAUCACUUCAACUAAAUUCAAACUUGAACUUUUUUGAAAAAAUUUCUCUUGCUGUUGUUUCGGGGGCAGUCGAUGCACCUGCUGAUCUAGUUAAUGUUCGUAUGCAAAAUGAUUCGAAAUUACCAAUUGAACAACGACGAAAUUAUAAACAUGCUAUUGAUGGUAUUGUUCGGAUCUGUCGAGGAAAAGGAUCCGUUAAAUUAUUUAAUGGCGCAACAAUGGCUGUUACACGAGGAGCAUUUGUUACAGUUGGUCAAAUUGCUUUUUAUGAACAAAUUAAACAGGUUUUAUUAGCCACUGGUUAUUUUAAAGAUAAUAUUGCGACACAUUCUACAUCAAGUUUCACGGCUGGUGCUGGAGCAACUUUAUUAACAAUACCAUUAGAUGUUAUGAAAACACGAAUGAUGAAUGCGCCACCAGGAAAAUAUAGUUCUUUACUUGAGUGUUUUAAAGAUAUUGUCAAAGUUGGUCCAAGUGGACUUUUUAAAGGAUUCAUUCCAGCUUUUAUGCGUCUUGGUCCACAGACAAUUUUAAUGUUUAUCUUUCUUGAACAAUUAAAACAAAAUUUUGGUUAUAUUAAAGCAGAUAAAGCAUGA